GGAAUGAGAUCAGUUUUCAUUUGUUUCCAAAUAACAGUAAGAGGUUACUAUUCGAAACAAAUGGGUUUUUUUGGUUCAUGAUUCAUGAUUCAUGAAUCCUGAAUGAUACCAACAAAAAAUAAAAAAAAAAGGUGAUUCCCUUCUUUUAUUUCAAUUUUAGGGAAAAAAUAUCAACUUUUGUUGUUUUUUCUUUCUUUCUUUUCUAGAAAAAUACCCUUUAUAGUUUUUAUUUUUGAAACUCAACCGUUGUGAAAUAAAAAACUUACGAAUCCAGACGAUUCUGUGAGAGGGUUUUAAAAGCACUAGUGAUGAAAAUGAGUUCCUUUCCAGAGUGAUUUUUAUUAAAUAAAUAAGAGGGUUUUUGAUAAUUUCUUUUUGUUUUUUCCUGGAAAAAAGUUUGGAUUUUUAUUUUUCCAGAUAAGAAAAGUAGGAGGAGGGGUCGUCUCUGUGGGAUAGAGAUAGUUGUGGGUUUUUUAUAAUAAAAGGGGAGAGAAGGAGCGUCGAAGAAAAAAAAAUAACAGAGGAGAGCGUCAGAGAGAGAAAAAUAUAUUACAAUGGAAGAGACAAGGAAGAAGAAGAAGAAUAAGAUCCUUGUUAAUAACGAAGUAGAUGAUUCCAAAAAGAAGGAGCGUCAUUUUGUUACCUGGUCACAGCAGGAGGAUGAUAUACUCAGACAGCAAAUCAGUUUAAAUGGAACUCAAAAUUGGGCGAUCAUUGCAUCCAAGUUCACUGAUAAGAGCACAAGGCAGUGUAGAAGGAGAUGGUAUACAUACUUGAACUCUGAUUUCAAGAGAGGAGGUUGGACCCCUGAAGAAGAUACACUCUUGUGUGAGGCGCAGAGAUUGUUUGGGAACAGAUGGACUGAGAUUGCAAAAGUGGUCUCAGGCAGAACUGAUAAUGCAGUGAAGAACAGGUUCACAACACUGUGCAAGAAGAGAGCUAAGUAUGAAGCCAUGGCUAAAGGGAACAACAUUGCUUCUUCUGUAAACUCAAACAACAAGAGAAUCUUGCUCCCAGAUGGUAUUACUACACCACUCAAAGUAGAAACUGAAUCUCCUCUUGCUAAGAAAACGAGGAGAAGUCAACACAUUCCAAACCUUAAAGAGAUCACUAGCUAUGGGGAUAGAUCACAUAUAAAGGUUCAUUCAGGUGUGAAUCAGCAGGCAAAACCUGUUCUACUACCCCACAAUGCCACAAUUGAGGAGCAUCAAACAGGUGAGCGUAAAGGCAAUCAACAAGUGUUUCUCAACAAGGACAAUCCAAAGGUAACAAACUUGAUGCAACAAGCCGAGCUUCUCAGUUCAUUGGCCCAGAAAGUUAACUCAGACAACACUGAACAAAGCAUGGAGAAUGCAUGGAAGGUCCUGCAAGAUUUCUUGAAUAAAAGCAAAGAGAAUGAUAUAUUCCGCUGUGGACUUCCGGAGAUGGAUUACCAGCUUGAGGAGUUCAAGGAUCUUGUUGAAGACUUGAGGAGUAGUAAUGAAGAUAUUCAAGCAUCUUAUAGGCAACCUGAUCUCCAUGAUUCACCAGCAAGCUCUGAGAAUAGCUCAGGAGGAUCAACUGUAAUGCCGUUCCCUUCUGGUGAUGAGACCCAACAACAACCAAUGCAUGAUAGUCAGACAAUAUCUCAAAAUGGUGUGGAGUUAGUACAAGAUAAAGGGAUUGUCUCUGAUGAUGCAAUUGUGGAGGAACAAGUGGAUUUACUCUCAACUUGUCAUGAUGUCCUAAAGAAUUCUAAUGAGAUUGUGCCUAUGUCUGGUGAUGAAGAGUUUAACUCGCCUGUUCAAGUCACUCCGUUGUUCAGAUCUCUAGCUGCAGGCAUCCCUAGCCCUCAGUUCUCUGAAAGUGAGAGGAGCUUUCUGCUAAAGACACUGGGUGUGGAGUCCCCAUAUCCAUGUCCGAGUGCUAAUCCUUCACAACCACCUCCUUGCAAAAGAGUCCUUCUUGAUAGUUUGUAAACCAAACCAAAACCAACCAGAAAAAGCUGUCCCUAAAACCGCGGUUGUGUCCUCAUGGAGAUGGACAUAACUUGCAUUUCUUCUCUCUUUUUUUGCUUAGAUUUUUCUUCAUAGGUUUGCAGCCAUAUCGGCCUGAAAAAAUUUUAGAUGAACCGGGCGUGCCAUGAUCUGCAUUUUUUUCCCCCUCUCAGUGGUCUAGACUCCAUAGAAUGUUAAAAGGUAACAUUUCUAAGUCUAGACCAAUCUCAGAAACUGAGUUAUCUCUCUCAGAUACUCAGCAUUCAAAAAUCUUUGCUCACUCAGUAGGAGAGUUUCCUUUCAUCAUCAUUUCAUACUUGAAGCCAUUCAUAAAAAAAUGCUUCAAGUAUGAGUGUUUCUUCAUUUUAUGAUUUGUGUUGUGUCUAAGAAAAAAAAAGAAAAAUUCUUUGGUUUCUUCUCCCCCUCUUUUAAGGUAAAAACCCAGAUACAUAAUCCGGGUCUUUUGCCUUCCCCAUCAUGAAUUCUUGAUUUGUUGUGUUUCUUGAUUCUCUGUACAGAAGAAACCUAUAUAGUAACAACUUCAGAGAGGCAUGUCGCCUUUCUAUAUACAGUAAUGAUUAGAAAACAGACAGAAGAAGAAGAAGAAGAAGAAGAAAAGAUAAAGCCAAGACUAGCAUAAGGUUUUGGAGAAGAAGAAAAAAAAAACUUUGCUUUCAACCAGUUGCUUUCUGUAGUAACUUCUCAUUGGUGUGAGAAGAAGAAAAACAGAAAAAAAAAUAAAUUUCUGUUUCCCCUUUUGUUUCCCUCUCAGAAGAUUCAUGUGAUUUUGUAAAGAGAUGAUUAUAUAAGUGGAAAUGAUUUGAUUUUGGUGUGAAAUAUACAGUCUAUUUA